AUGGAUCAUCAAGGCAAGGUUGUGCGCGCGAUAGCGGCGGUCGCAGUGAUGGUGCUAAUUUGCGCCGGCCACGUGUCGGCGUCUUGCUAUAGCAGCUGCCUUGGGGACUGCUUCCACGACGGAGGGGAGCGGUUAAUGUGCCUCAUUAAAUGCCUUAUAAAGUGCAAAUUGCCUACCAACAUCUCUUCAACUGCACUUGAACAUUGUGCUACAUUUGGGGAUGAUGUUAAGAAAGUGGAGGAAUGUGUGAACAAGUGGAAGAGUGGGCCAACAGUAGCUAAAUAUCCAUUACCGGGACAGUUAAAUGAAGGGCCCAACUAG